ACUUAGUAUCAUCAGUUCUCAUUCGUUUAUUUAGAGUCGUCCAACGCGGAGCUGCAAUAUAGUUAUUGUUAGGUAUGUACUUCUCAUACAUUUUCUGCUAUGCUCUGCUCGUUGCAUUGGCCUCUUCAAAGACAUUCACUCCACCCGACAUAUUGUGGUUGGACGAAAACGAAGUCUGUAAAACAAGUUUAGUUCCGGGUAAAGCUCAUGUGUGCAAAAUAAUAGACGACUGCAAAACAGCCAUUCAGGACAUUAGGGACAAUGUAAAGUACCCGAAAAUUUGCAGUUUCAAAGGAAAAAUGCCAGUGGUAUGUUGCGCGCCAGAGACUGUAACCAGAGAAGAAAGACUAGCCAUAGAUAAAGAUACUCCGAAAAUUUCACCAGGAAUAACACUGCAUUUCGAUAGUUACAAAGAUGGAUUGCUCGAAGAUAAUCUCAUCACCUACUCUCGACCUCGUCGUCAAAUUUUAUCAUGAAACCGAUAAAACACACGAAUAACGCCCGAACGCAAUGCAUAUACGUAUUUUAAUGAAUCGUAAUGAACACUUAACAGUGUCGUUUUGAUUCAUUUCAAACCAAAUCAAAGAUGACAUUGUGCCGGCAGGUUGCUGUAGACCAUAAAUUUAUUAUUAUUACCACGGUACUCACGAGUUGGCGAAGAAAUAAAGAUCGCAAGGUAUACGAUCGUACGAUUUAUAAUAAUUAUACACAUUAAUAUAAUAUCGUUACGACCUAUUAACUCUCUACAUCACACCAUUCGACGGCCAACAGAUUUUAUUACUUAUAAGUAUACGACUGUGUCUUUAAUAUUAUAAUAAUAUGAAUAUUAUUAUAUUCAUCGACAGUGUUGUGAAAACGGUUGAAUUUUCGCAUCGACUAAAUAACCUAACCCACAACUGUCUAGUGGUCCGAAUUUUUUAUCACCACGUCCACUGGUGGUUCGCGUAUUGUUUUAUACCUACCCACAUGUAUAUACAUAAAAUACAUAAAGCGAUGUUAUGAGGUUAUGGUCAUCGUUCACGGGAAAAAUUUUAAACGUCGAUCGUUUUAACACUAUAUAGAGAAAAGUCGAUAUUUUUUUGCGAUGGGAUUUCGCGAGAAACCGGUUAUCUAUAAUAUCACAUAAAAAAUAUUAUAAACACAGUCGUAGGUACCUAUUAUUAUCUAAAAAACUUGUGAUACUUAAUAACAUACAAGACGCGCAUGUGGGACCGCAACAUAUUAUAAUAUUGUUAUUUGUAUGUAUUAUAUCGUUUCGAAGUUUGCAACUCGUCGAGAAUUACACAUAAUGAGUUCAUAAUAUGGUAAUACGAAUACAAAAUGUGAUCGACAAUAUAAUAAUAAAUAAUAAUACUUUAGGUAUAUUCUAAAAUAUUGUUUGUUUAAUAUUAUUGUCAAGUUCAGUGAUUACACAACACAAAUUUUGUUAUUAUUAUACUGUUCCAUCAUGUAUGACUAAAAUAUAGUGUUUUUAUUCGUCGCAAUUGAAAUCUAAAACUUAUGUAACGAUACUAUACCAAAUACAUAUUAUAUUAUAAUUUACACUGUUCCACCGCAUUCGUCUUCCAGCUUCAGACUCAACGCCAUAAUUAUAGUAAACGUAAGAUUAUGUAUACUUAAAAUCGGACCCUUUUUGGUUUGGUUUGUUUUUUUAAAUUUCAUUAUUAUUUAAUGUUUUAGAUUCUGUGCUUAUAAUAAGUAUAGUAAAACACAAACGAGAUCUUUCAUAUUAUAUAAAAAAUAACAAUUUUUAUAUGAGUAUGAUAUUCUCUUGAUUUAUAUGUAAGCAUUUUUUUUUUUUUUUUUUU